CAUAUGAAGCUGGAGUUGUAGCUGCUUUGCAGGAAUUGUCACCUGACAUGCUGAAAUCUGCAUCCAGGAUCUAUGGGGCAUCUUCAGGAUCGGUUGUAGCUACACUUACAUUGUGUGAGUGUGAUCAAGAUGAGGUGAAGCUGUCCUUCCUGCGUGCUUUGAAAUUCUCUUUAUGGGGAUUUAUUCCUGGAGGAACAAUCCCUAAAAUCUUAAAGGACGUCUUAAACAAACACCUGCCUACGAACGCCCACCAGCUGGUAUCUGGAAAGCUGCAUAUCAUCCUCACCCGAUUGCGCGACUGGAGAAGCGUGACGGUUUCGGAUUUUGCCUCCAGGGAGGACCUCAUCCAGGCUGUGAUAUGCAGCUGCUUCGUCCCUGUGUAUUUUGGAUUCAUACCUCCUAAGUACAAUGGAGUGCAUUACGUUGAUGGGGAACUCGCCAUGUGGCAGAACAACUUCGUCUCCCGGAACACGAUCACCAUCUCUUCUUUCGCUGGCGAAUACGACAUCUGCCCCAAAGAUAGCGCAGCUGCCUUCUUCACUUUCCAAAUCUCUGAUUGUAUUUUACAUAUAUCAAAAAGAAACAUCUGCCGUUUGCAGUGUAUUUUUCAGAUGCCCACACGUCAAGCUCUGGACGAGAUUCGUAAACAUGGCUACGAGGACACAGUCGUCUUCUUAAAAAGACUGAGGCCAUGCCAGUUGCAGAAGAGCAGUUUUGACCCUGCUGCUGCCGUUGAACCCAGUUCACGUUCUAAAGAGAGAAAGAGCCACUUACAGCCCAGCCUGCAGACAGACACCGACCUGCACUGA